CCUAGAGAAAAGCCACCCAACCCAUGCUUUCAUGGGCUGCUUGGAGUCUGGGCCACUAGGGACCCUGCCAGGUGGGCCCCUUCCCACCAGAGUUCAGCCUUCCAUUCUAAUGAGAGUAUUAAAGUACAGAUAAAGAAGAUUGAAGCUCUUCUGCAAGAACCAGAAAGACCACGUUGGUCAGCAUUAUGUUUGCCCAUGACAAGGUGAGGAAGUUGAGUCUUUACCAUGCUCAAUCAUCACUGCUGCUGCUUUGAUUUGAUUUCCUGUGGAUGAACUGUGGCCAUCUAGUGGCUUCAGGAAUAUGGUGAUGUUACCUAGGGAAGGUACUUAAUGCAGAAAACAUGUUACAUUAAGAAGAAAGGGAUAAGAAGAAUGAAAUAUACAGAUGUGUUACUUAAAGCAAGAAAACACUGCAUUUGCGGAGGCCAGCAUUCUCAUCAACAUCCCCAGUAAAACCUACUGACCUUGCUUCAAGAUGCCAUUUCACGCCGUGUUCCUCUGUGCCGGCCAAGAGCAACAUGCCUGGGGACUCCUCCGUAAAAGUAUUAGGGUGAGGGGUUGAAGAAAUAUGGAUACCAACACCAAACUGGUCUUCAGUACUGUUUUUGCCAGCUUUUUCACCUUUCAGCUUCUUUUCCACUUUAUAAGUUAUUGGUUUUCAGCAAAAGUUUCUCCAGGUUUUAAUAGUCUCAGCUUUGAAAAGAAGAUUGAAUGGAACUCAAGGGUUGUAUCUACAUGCCAUUCUUUGGUGGUUGGGGUUUUUGGCCUCUACAUUUUCUUUUUUGAUGAGGCUACAAGAGCCGAUCCACUUUGGGGUGAUUCAUCGGUUGUGAAAGUGAAUAUCUCUAUUGCUUCAGGCUACCUCAUUUCUGAUUUGCUGAUUCUCAUUUUGUAUUGGAAAGUGGUUGGUGACAAAUACUUUAUAAUCCAUCAUUGCACAGCGCUGUACGCAUACUGGAUUUUACUGAAGAAUGGAGUGCUGGCAUACAUUGGGAAUUUUCGCCUACUUGCAGAACUUUCCAGCCCUUUUGUGAAUCAACGGUGGUUCUUUGAAGCUCUGAAGUAUCCUAAGUUUUCCAAGGCUAACGUCAUCAAUGGAAUACUCAUGACAGUGGUAUUCUUCAUCGUGCGGAUUGUCUCGAUGCCUCCUUUUUAUAGCUUCAUGUAUUCCGUGUUAGGAACAGAAGCCUAUGUCAGGCUUGGACUUUUAGUCCAAUGUUCCUGGAUCUCUACUUGUGUUGUUUUGGAUGUGAUGAAUGUCAUGUGGAUGAUCAAAAUUACAAAGGGUUGCAUCAAAGUCAUCUCUCUCAUCAGACAAGAGAAAGCCAAAAAGAGUCUUCAGAAUGGAAAACUUGACUAAAAGUGGGCUAUUGAUAAGUAUACUUUAUUACUACCCGCAUUAUAUCUACUGAUAGGAUGAAUUCUC